AUGGCGGAUAUGAUUGGAGUUAUCUCUCUUUCUCAAGCCCCUAACUACUCUUCCGACGAUGAUUCCUCGUCGGAAAACGCCCCUUUGAGCGGAGGAUCUGUCUCCGGCUACGUUGGAGUCAAUGGCAGUGGUGGUGAUGGUAGUGGGUCUUCCAAGUCUAAGACUCCUACUGCAAUGGUCAUUGAUGAUCACCACCCUCAGCCAAGGGCUCCGUCAUCGGGAGCCACCGCUAGGAAGCCAAGAGGAAGACCUGUUGGAUCCAGAAACAGGCCCAAACCAGCGGCUGUUACUGCUAGGGACGGUGGUUCAUCUGUGGUGCAGCCUGCGGUCUUGGAGAUCACUGCUGGUGCUGAUAUUAUCGAAACUAUUAUCAGCUUUGCUCGAAGGAACCGUGUCGGCGUUUCUGUUGUUAGCGCCACUGGUUCCGUCAUGAACGUCACGCUCCGUCAUCCUCUUUUUAACGCGCCGUCUUUCUCACUUCAUGGAUCUUAUGGAUUACUCGCUAUGUCUGGCUCUUUCAUGGCCUUUAACGGUGCUCCUUCGUCUUCCAACAGGACACCACAAUCAACUUUUGGUGUAACUCUUGCAGGUACCCAAGGUCAACUUUCUGGUGGGUUAGUGUGGGGGAGGCUGAUGGUGGCGACGGAGGCGACUGUGGUGUUGAACACUUUCGUCAACCCUGCUCUUCAUAGGCAACUCCCAUUUGAAGUUGAAGAUCGUCGUCAUCAAGACAUGAUCAUGCCUAGUCUUCGUGGUAACAAUGGUGCCGUACUCGGCGGCUUAAGCAGCUUAGGUGGCAGUCACGGUGUCGGAGUCGGCUCCGGCCUAGGUGGCGGUGGCGGCCUCGGCCUCCGCGGUUCUGUUGGUGGUGGUGCAAAUGGGUUCCGCCCUGCUUAUGGCGUUGCAGCAGUACCCCUUCCAAUGAAUGGCCAGAGCCAGAUGUCUUCUGAUGUUUUGCAAUGGGGUCCUUCCCCACGUCCUUACUGA